AAAGGCCCGACCCGCUGGGACUCUGCGAGACACCAGGGAAGAGGAAGCAGGAGCCGUCCAGUGCAGAAAAAGACGACCAUGGCCAAGGAGUGGGGCUACGCCAGCCAUAACGGUCCUGACCACUGGCAUGAACUUUACCCAAUUGCCAAUGGGGACAAUCAGUCACCCAUUGAGCUGCACACUAAAGACAUCAAGUAUGACCCUUCUCUGCAGCCAUGGUCAGCAUCUUAUGAUGCCGGUUCUGCCAAGAUCAUUCUGAAUAAUGGGAAGACCUGCAGAGUUGUGUUUGAUGACACUUAUGAUAGGUCAAUGCUGAGAGGUGGUCCUCUCCCUGGACCCUACCGACUUCGCCAGUUUCAUCUUCACUGGGGAGCCUCAGAUGAUCAUGGUUCUGAGCACACAGUGGAUGGAGUCAAGUAUGCAGCCGAGCUUCAUUUGGUUCACUGGAAUCCAAAGUAUAAUACUUUUAAGGAAGCUCUGAAGCAGCGGGAUGGAAUUGCUGUGGUUGGCAUUUUUCUGAAGAUAGGACGUGAGAAAGGCGAGUUCCAGCUUUUCCUUGAUGCAUUGGACAAAGUUAAGACGAAGGGCACAGAGGCGCCCUUCACCCACUUUGACCCGUCCUGCUUGUUUCCUGCCUGCCGGGACUACUGGACUUACCACGGCUCCUUCACCACGCCGCCCUGCGAGGAGUGCAUCGUGUGGCUGCUGCUCAAGGAGCCCAUGACCGUGAGCUCCGACCAGAUGGCUAAGCUGCGGAGCCUGUUUGCCAGUGCCGAGAACGAGCCCCCAGUGCCCCUUGUGGGGAACUGGCGCCCUCCCCAGCCUAUCAAGGGCAGGGUGGUGAAAGCCUCCUUCAAGUGAGGCUGCUGGAUCUUGCCCUCUUCAGGAAAGGAAGCCUGCCAUGGGGAGCGUGUUUCCCUGCCACUUCCCAGUGCUCCUUACUCCAAGUAUAUUUCAUUUUCCACACUCAGCAAUGAAUGUAAGAGACACGGUUACCAAGAAACCCAAGUCACUUUUGACAAGAUCUAAUAUGAAAAUAUAGAUUUCACAUUCGACCUUUGUAAUAAUCGUCUUUCCUACAAAAGUAGCAUUUUUAGUAAUGCUUCAAAGAAGAAGAAACAGAGAUGGAAGAAUAAAGAUAUUUUUUAAAUGGCUAUUGGGCAUCAUUUUUCUGUCAUCUCAAAUUUCACAGAACUUCAGUUUUCCUUUUUUUUAUUAUAAGUUGUCCAUUUUAAAGAAAUAUGAGUAAUUUUGUAUGUAGAAAUAGAAAUGUAUGAAGAUCAUAUGACAAUUAAACAUUAAGCCACAGAUUAAAAUGACUAUGGAUACCAAGGAUUGAGAUGAUUCUGUAUUUCAGCUCUUAACACCAACAAGAUGUCCAUCAUUUAUUAAAAUUUUAGCUACUAAGAUUACUUGGUUUUGAUUAUCAAUAAAAGAAAAACACAAUAAGACCAGGAGUUUUACAAAUUAUAGUUCAGUAUCUGAAUUUCUUCUUCAUAAAGGUGGUUAACUUUAUUCUAAUGUUUUUCUUUACCUGAAGGAGGGCCUUAUUUUUCAUUUUAUCUUUGCAUGACUAUUAAAAUAAAAACUGCCUCUGAUGUCUUUCUAAUUUGAGGCCGGAAUGAAUGAUUACUAAAACACAAAGGAGUGGAUGACAACACUUGAAGUAAAAGCAGUUGUACUGAUCACCAAAACCAAUAAAGAUAUGAAUG